GUGUGGAAUAUGUUUUUUCAACCACGUCUAUUUGAAACCAUCACCUUCUUCUCUAAAACUAUCCUAAACUAAUCGAACUCUCAAUUUUUUUUUUUUUUAACAAAGCGUUUGAAGGUAUUUGUAUGAAUUUCCCUGCCACAUCGUACUUUUCAGAAGAAGAUGGUGCCACCCUUUGACGAUUGUAUGUAAUAGAAUAUCCCUAUGUUCGGUUUUUAACUCGCUGCUAGUGUAGAGUACACUGUCUUGUCACUGUAUGUAACCCUUGUUAACUUCAAUAUCUGUUGUAUUAAAAAUAAUUAAAUCUAUGAAUUAAAUUGUAUUGUUGUAUCCUGACAUGACGAUCCUGACAUCGUAAAUUUUAGUGGGUCGUUGUAGUAUUUAUCCAAUGUUUAUCUGUGUCAUGUCUUGAUUAUUAGCAUAAUAUUGUAAACAAAAUAUAAGCAACAAAAGUGGUGUAAAUAAUAUAGUGAAAUAACGUGAAUAAUCAUUAGAUUAUUUUCAUUUUCAUAAAUUUAUGUAAACCUUUUCUCGUACAAUAUUUUCAGCAUGAUUAAAAUUGGAUUUCUAAUGCCAAAGUGAGAGGAAUAUAUAAAAAAUGGAUUUUUCUAAAACAACUGUUCUUUCAAAUUUUACCGAAGCCCAAUGCACUAAUGAAGAGCUUCUAUCUGAUUCUCAAAAUACUCAGCUUUCUUUAAAUGUAUCUACAGAAAAUAAAAUGGCAAGUGGAGAAGGAAUUAUGAAAUCAGUGUCUGUUUCCAAAAGCGCAAAUGAUUUUCAUCCUUUAAUGUCUCCUACCUCACCCAUUUCACCUGACUUUCCUGACUUGAUACCUGAAAAGUCAAGAAAUAGAAAUGUAAAACAAUUUUUUAAUCCUGAGGUUAGUAGUUCUCCUAAAGAAGGAGCUGAACAUUUGGAAAAUUUGUAUGAAAAUCACUUAAACAUGGACUUGCCAACAUUAGAAGAAUAUUUUGAAAAAAUCCCAGAUUUUCCUGAUAGUCCUUCUGUACUUAAAAAGUCCCUUUUAUUUGAUAUGCCAUGUGAAAUAUCAAACUGUGAUGGCAGUGACACAGAAAAUGAUAAGUCUGUGUACGAAGCACAUUUAAGUGAAAAUUUUCAGAAUGUUGCUCUUAAACUUAAUGAAAAAGAGGGCAAUUUAAAUUUCUUAGCUCACACUACUCGCAGCCACAAGUUGCGCAAAAUUCGCGUCACUCAGUCAGCAGCUAUAGAAAGUGAAGUGUCCAGUAUUGAUAGCGAUCCUGAUAGUUUAAAAUCAGAUGAUAUUUUUAUGGAGCCAGAGGAAAAUAAUACCACCAGUAGAGACAGUGAUACACCUUUCGAGCCUGUUGAGCCACUGAGUGCAGAUGAAGAAAGGUGCCAUGCAAGACAUUGGCAGAGAAUGAUUUUACCUGGAGGUGAACAACGUACUAUUGACAUGAGAGUAAUAGAGCCCUACAAAAGAGUGUUAUCACAUGGAGGGUAUGUUAGGGGUAGUGGAAAUACUGCUAUUGUUGUAUUUUCAGCUUGUUUUCUUCCUGAUAAAUCCCGUAUUGAUUAUGAUUAUGUGAUGGACAAUUUAUUUUUGUAUGUUUUAUGGACUUUAGAGCGUCUAGUCACUGAUGAUUAUGUUAUGGUAUACUUACAUGGGGGUGCAACUCGUCUUCCUGCAUUCAGCUGGUUAAAAAGAUGUUACCAGUUGGUAGGGAGACGUUUAAGAAAAAAUUUAAAUCAUAUGUACAUUACCCAUCCCACAAUUUGGAUAAAAACAAUGCUCUUUAUGGCAAAACCGUUUAUCAGUUCAAAAUUUUAUCGGAAAAUAACUUUUGUUGGAAAUUUAAAAGAAUUGUACAAUAGACUGCCAAUAGAGACCAAUGCUGUACCCGAUAAAGUGAAGGCAUUUGAUAGUCUUCACUGUAGAACAUAAAUAAAAUAAGAAAAAUCAAAAUAUGUGUGAACUGCUUCAUUAGGAUCUCCUAACUUUGGACCAGACCACUAGACAUCGAAUCUGCGUACCUAAAUAAUUGUAAUUAAUAUAAAAAGUGAUGUGUUUUUUUAUGUAACACUUUCAGUAUUCGUCUUGUACAUUCCACGGGAAAAUAUCUUU